AUGGUCGAUAUAUUUAAAUCGGCCAUCGAUGCAGCAUUUGGCGCUGGAUCAAGUGCUCGUAUAUCAAAUAAUAUGGGAUUUGCUAGUGGAUCAUCAACAACCGUGAGUGGAGGAGUUAAAAGUGAUUUUACUGGACAAAUUGUUGAUGUUGGAAAUAUUCGAUUGAAAGUUGGAAAUCAAAUAGCUGAAGGCGGUUAUGCAUUAGUUUUUAUUGCUUAUGAUGUCAAAACUAAUAAAGAAUAUGCAUUAAAAAGAUUAUUUGCUGCAGAUGAUAGUGCAAAAAAAGCUAUUGCUCAAGAAAUAUCAUUCCUUCAAAAAUUAAAUGGACAUUCAAAUAUAGUUCCAUAUAUUGCAGCUGCAUCAAAUCAAGAUACAACAUUACGUCGCACAGAAUAUCUUCUUGUUACAGAAUAUUGUUCAGGUGGUCGAUUAUAUGAAAGAGUUGUAUAUCGUAAAACUCCAUUAGAAGUUGAACAAGUUAUACAAAUUUAUUAUCAAAUUUGUCGAGCAGUUAAACAUAUGCAUGAACAACAACCUCCGAUAAUACAUCGAGAUUUAAAAGUUGAAAAUUGUCUUUUAACAUCAAAAGGUUUUAUUCAGUUAUGUGAUUUUGGUUCAGCAACUACGAAAGUUUUUCUACCGGAUGAAACUUGGUCAGUUAAAAAAAGAGAUUAUGUUGAAGAUGAAAUGAGUAAAGUAACAACACCAAUGUAUAGAGCACCGGAAAUGUUAGAUACAUAUAAUAAUUAUCCAAUUAAUGAACAAGUUGAUAUUUGGGCACUUGGUUGUCUUUUGUAUUAUUUAUGUUUUAUUAAUCAUCCAUUUGAAGAUUCAGCUAAAUUAAGAAUUCUUAAUGCAAAAUAUACAAUACCAGCUAAUAAUACGAGAUAUACUGUACUUCAUGAUCUUAUACAUACAUUAUUACAAAUUGAUCCUCGUAAACGACCAACAAUUCAAACAUUAGUUGAAAAUAUUGAAGAUUUAGCUAUUGGAAAUGAUAUUGGUCUUAAUGAACCAUUAACUUUUCUUUUUAAUACUAAUGAAACAACGAAUUCAACAAAUCCAACUGCUUCUGCACCAGGCGGAAAUCCAUCAGCAGCUUCAGCAAGAGCAUCCACCGUCGGAAAUAAUCCGUCAUCAAAUGCUGGUGUUAGUAGUUAUAUUCCAUCAUCAAUAAAAGGUUUAAAUACAUCAGGAAAAUCAUGGAUGAAAAGUAUUAUUGAUACAUCAUCAAAAGUUAUUAAUGAAGGUGUUCAACAAGUCAAACAAACUUUGGCAACAAACGUUCCAACAAAUAUUCCAGCUGGAAGUUCAUCAGGUGUUGCUCAUCAUCAACAUAAUCAUCAUUUUGAAGUUGAUCUUAGUUAUAUUACGUCGAAAUUAAUCGUAAUGGCUACACCACGGGAUAAUCCAUCUGAAUUAUCAGGUCGUCAGUCAGCAGAAUUAAUUCGUGAUUUACUCGAUACAAAACAUCCUCAAUCGUAUAUGUUAUUUUCACUUGAUCAACAUCAACGUGGUCAUCAUUCAUAUAGAAAAGAAUUAUUUCAUAAUCGAGUUAUUGAUUUACCAUUAUGUGAUGAAAAACAUUCUCCACGUUUAGUUGAUUUACUAUGUUUUUGUCAAAACGUUAGUUCGUUCUUACUUGAAUCACCAUCAAAUACAGCCGUACUUCAUUGUUCUGAUGGAAGAAAUCAAAUAGCCUAUGGAACAUGUGCAUUAAUUGCAUAUCAUGGAAUAUUUCAACAAAUUGAUCAUAUCGUUCGAUAUUAUGAAUCACGUCGAUGUGCACAUCCAUGUUUAACAUUAUCACAAAAAAGAUAUAUUCAAUAUUUCUGUGAUUUAUCGUGUGGUAUUAUUGAAAAACCACAUUUUACGGAAUUAAUACUUAAAACAAUAAAUUUAUCUCCAGUACCAUUAUUUAAUCGAGAAAGAAAUGGUUGUCGACCAUAUGUUGAUGUUUUUAAUCAUGAUCAAAAAAAAAUAUUUUCAACAUAUCAAGAACCAAAUAAACUUCGAAUAUUUUGUGCAACGGAUGGUGUUUGUUUAAUUCCAUUGAAUAUUCCAUUUAAUGGUGAUCUUACAAUUCAUGUAUCACAUGCACCUGUUGGAUUAUCACUUCAAGCACAUGAUGGCGGUAUACGUAUAUGCGAAUUGACAAUAAAUUCAAAUUUUUGCACAUUAAAUCAUUCAGAAUUGUCUUAUUCAAGAUAUGAAUUGGAUGGUAUUGAUCAAACUGAAAAAUAUCCACCAUCAUUUCGUCUAACAUUGGAUACAAUAUCUUCAAAAAAAACUUCAUUAAACGAUCAAGAAAGCAUUUUAAAACAAUUAGAUAAUACAUUUAAAAAACCACAAUGUUUAUUCAAAGAUGAAACCGAAUUUCGACAUACUCUUGAUGAAUAUGGCGAUGGACAUCAAUAUCAUGGAACUUACACAAAUGAAUCCCCAUCACCUAUUCGUUCAACUAAACUCAAUGUUGAACAAUCAACAUCCAAUGUUAGUAAUCCAUCUUCACCUCAACCAACUCGUCAUUCAUCUUCAACACCUCAAUCAGUAUCAAGUUCAUUUUCAAAUCCAUUUCAAGAACAACAAAUUCUAUCGAAUCCUCCAUUACAAGAAGAAUCACAAACUAAAAAUGAUAUAGUUGUUGGUACUCUUCUUGAUAUAACUGGUGAUGAUACACAUCAUUCUCAACCUCAUCCAAUAACAAUAACAAAUACAGAAAAUGAUUUAUUUAAUUUACAUAUUGAUACUCAAACACAUUAUUCUACACCAAUAAUAAAAACAACAGAUUUACUUGAUGUUGAUUUUAAUUCAAUGUCAUUAGAUAAACCAAUAUUACAUCGAAAUGCAUCGGAAGUUAUUUUACCACCACCUAUUCAAGCAACAACUAUUCUUAAAACCGAAAAUAAAUCUUCAUCAAAUCAAAAUAUUAGUCGUAUAGAUCCAUUUAAAGAUUUACUUUCAUCAUCAAUGACACAGAAAACAUCAAGUAAUGAUACUCUUGCUGCAAAAAAAGCAGCAGCUACACCUAAAUUACCCAGUACACCACCAACAUCAACAACAUCAAUUCCGAAUUAUUAUAUUAAUCCAACAAGUAAACCCGUAACUCCGCCAACACAACCAAAACAACAACAACAACCAAAUCUAGCAAAGCCAAAUCCAAGUUCAUCUCGUCCUCAAUCAACUCCAUUUGAUUUUGAUAUAUUAGUUCGUGAACAAUCUGGAAUGUCGGAUUGGGGUUCGAAAGCACGGCAAGGUACAGAAGCUAUCGGUGAUAUUCGUAAAGCUGAAUUAGCUAAAGAACUUGAUCCAAGUGUUCUUAAAGUUCGAGAAUGGACCGAAGGAAAAAAGAGAAAUAUUCGAGCAUUAUUAUGUUCAUUAUCAACUGUCACAUGGCCUGAAUGUACUUGGGGAGGAUGUCAAAUGCAUGAAUUAGUUACACCAGAUCAAGUUAAAAAAGCUUAUAGAAAAGCAGUUCUUUAUAUUCAUCCGGAUAAACUUCGUGAUGAUCCAAACGAAGAACUAGCAAAAUUAAUAUUUGUGGAACUUAAUGAAGCUUGGUCUCAAUUUGAACGAGAAUCAAGUUAA